AUGACUGGUGGUGUUCACGUCAGAACAGCUGCUGCUGUCCGCACCGCCGUGCUGUGGGUGUCGCUCUGUAUGCUUCUGCAGCACCUGGGCCACCACCCGCAGUUUACGGCAGAAGCGGAGGGAAGUGUUCAGGUUAAAAUUGUGAGGUAUUUCACACUUCCCAACAGUGCAUACACAAGUACUGCUGGUGGGCGUGUCAAUUACGGCAAUUCCGUGACAGUCUGCAAUAUGAAUGGUGGUUCUCUCGUGGCCGGUCAGUCAACUGCUGCACAAAAUGCUAUUACUGACCAGCUGAGGCCCAAGAUAACCUCAACUGUGACCCUCCCAACUACGUACAUGGGUGGGGAUGCAAUCUACAGUACCAGAUUUGAGAGUGACCCAAGCCAAAAGUGCACACCAGGGGUUCAAGGUGCUUCAAUUAAUUGUAUCUACCGAUGGAACCAGGGUCUUUUUACACAAGGAACAGUUGACGGACACGGUGUUCCAUUUUACCGUGGCUCGUAUUAUAGUGUUCCAGGUGCAGGACCACUGAAUGGGUACACACCGUUCUGGCCUAUCAGCUACCCUCUACGUGGUAAUCCUUAUGUGAUCUCUCAAUAUCAGAAUUCUCUAGGGAAACGAGCUACAUGGUAUGAUGGCCCAGAAGAUCCAACUGGGAAUACCGACGUGCCCUCAUGGGGUUUUGUUGUUGUAUGUGAGGUUCAAGAUACCAUUACUGGGUCUGCUCCUAUUCCCACUACUACUCCUACUACUAAACCGCCCAUUCCUACAACAACUACAACAACUAUUCCUACUACUGAUCCUACUACCGCACCCCCACAGGCAGCAUCAGACCCAUCGUGGAUCAAAAAGCAUUGGUAUGUCCCUCUGAUCAUUGCUGUGGUUGUGCUGGCAGCUAUCAUUGGACUGAUUAUACUCUGUUGUUGUCUUGGUGGCCGUGACGACGAGAAGUACUUGCCACCAAUGGUCAGUAGAGAGGCCAGUGAUAUGCCGCUCCGUGCACGUGAAAUCACUGAUGGUGAUGUUGAUGACAUGUAUUUUGAAGACCAAGAUGUGUCCAUGGUUCCACCAGAACCCAUGCCAAUGGAAGAUAUUGAAUAUGCGAACGUAUCGGUGUACUCUGCGGCAGAGAAUGAUAUUUACGGUGAUGGAGAUGUAUUCGCGGUGGGCAACCGAUGA